GUGUGAUAGUUGUCAAAGACGAGGUGGCGUCUCGUCAUGGCGCUGGUGAAACGCAGUUGUGGCCUUGUUGGUCGUUUCUCCAACAGUAACUUGUUGUUGCAACACAGGUUGUGCGACAGAUUGUAUGUUUGUAUGAAUGGCGUGACCUCUGUAUCCACAUUAUCACCACCAUCACCAGCAUCAACUGUGGGGAAGAAGAAGAGGGAACUGUUGUCUCAGGAUGGACCUGAUUUACAGGACUUCAUCUCUGGGGAAUUGUCAGAGAAAAGCCAGUGGGAGGAGUACAGGGGAAAUCUGAAGCGACAGAAAGGAGAGAGACUCAGGCUGCCUCCGUGGCUGAAGACAGAGAUUCCCAUAGGGAAGAACUACAACAAGCUGAAGAACACUCUGCGUGACCUUAACCUGCAUACAGUGUGUGAAGAGGCCAGGUGUCCCAACAUCGGAGAGUGCUGGGGAGGUGGGGAGUUUGCCACUGCCACCGCCACCAUCAUGCUGAUGGGAGACACAUGUACCAGGGGGUGUCGCUUCUGCUCGGUGAAGACUGCGCGCAAGCCACCCCCCCUCGACCCCGAUGAGCCCUACAACACAGCCAAGGCCAUCGCACAGUGGGGACUGGAUUACGUGGUGCUCACAUCUGUGGACAGAGACGAUCUUGCCGAUGGAGGAGCGGAGCACUUUGCCAAGACAGUGUCCUACCUCAAGGAAAGGAACCCCAAGAUCCUGGUCGAGUGCUUGACACCAGACUUCCGGGGAGACUUGGAUGCGGUGGAGAAGCUCGCGCUCUCAGGGCUGGAUGUGUACGCUCACAAUGUGGAGACGGUGCGGGAGUUACAGAGGCACGUACGUGACCCUCGGGCCAACUUUGACCAGUCUCUACGCGUCCUGCGCCACGCCAAGGUUGCGAAGCCCUCGGUCCUCACCAAGACGUCCAUCAUGCUAGGGCUGGGGGAGACGGAUGCUCAGAUUUACACCGCCAUGACUGAGCUGAGAGAGUCAGGUGUCGACUGUCUGACCCUGGGGCAGUACAUGCAGCCUACCAAACGCCACCUCAAGGUGGAGGAGUACGUGACCCCAGAGAAGUUUGCACACUGGGAGAAGGUGGGCACUGAGAUGGGAUUUGUAUACACAGCCAGCGGCCCAUUGGUGCGGUCAUCCUACAAAGCAGGCGAGUUCUUCUUGAAGAAUCUGAUUAGGGAAAGGAAGACCACGUCAGAUUAGUGCGGACCCUUCCUUUACUGUCUUGUCCUGCUUUUCCUGCUGAAACCUCAAGGCAUAGACUCUCCUGUGUAUUUCGGGGAGCCUGCUCCACCUUCUUUCAUGUGCUGUUAUUAAAUGCUGCACAAACCAUAAUUUACAUUAUACAGAUUGUACAUCUGUGUAUUUAGCUGAUACUUAAAUCCAAAAUAGCUUAGUUAUUCAACCUAUUCAUCCCUUUAUACAGCUAGGUUUUUUUUUUUUUUUUUUUUUUCCUGAACAACUGAAACAAGGUGAGUACCUUACUCAAGGGUAUUAGAGCUGGAAUUGUAGCAGAUCCUACUCUGGAAUCACUGGGUUCAAGGCUAUGGGUACAGCCAGGAUAGGACACCAGUCUACUGCAUAGGACCCACACACUACAGGGAGGUUAGUCCCCAGUUAAUCAGAAACACAUCUGUGAAGGGUGGGAUCCAUACAUAUAGACACUGGGAGAACACGCAAACUCCACAUACACUGAGCUGGACUCAAAUCUACAGCUAUACAGCCCAAGUGCUGUGAGGGAGUAGCACUACCUGCUGCACCACUGUGCUGCCUUCUUCCAUCUGCAGAAUAUAAUAGUUUAAAGUGAAGCUGCACAAUGGAAUGUGGCAACAGGUAAGAGUGGGUAGGGCAAACUGAAUAUCACCAAUUUGAAUCAUCACUUCUGCCAUAGUACCCCCGAUCACUGUACUCACCCUGAAUUGAUAGUUAAAAUAUCCCAUUAUGUAAACUUGAGUUAGUGUAGAAUUGAUUCCAAUUGUAAAUUGUUCUGGACAAAGCUAGUAACCAAUGGUUCAUGUUUAAUAAUUAAAAAAAAAAAAUUACAAAUUC